AUGUCGCAUUUGGCUGUGUCUCAGAUGGCUUUAACUGUUCCUGUCAGCAAUGAUUUCUCCGUCAGAAGAUCUGCGUUUAAGGCAUCGAACUUAAACGUUCGGGAUAAAUCAUGGGCGCCAGUAUUUAUGUUGGGCAUGAAAGCUAAGAACUGUGGUUGGAGGAAUCACAAUGUGAUUUGCAUGUCAGUUCAACAAGCAAGUGUGCAGAAAGUUACGGUUUCCCCUUUGGAAUUGGAAAAUCCUACGGAGCCUCCGUUGAACUUACACAAGCCUAAAGAGCCUUAUACAGCAACAAUUGUUUCCGUCGAAAGAUUAGUAGGGCCAAAGGCUCCCGGGGAAACUUGUCAUAUUGUGAUCAAUCAUGAUGGAAAUGUUCCUUACUGGGAGGGUCAGAGUUAUGGUGUUAUUCCACCAGGUGAAAAUCCCAAAAAACCCGGGACCCCCCAUAAUGUCCGACUAUAUUCAAUUGCUUCCACAAGGUAUGGAGACAAUUUUGAUGGCAAAACAGCCAGCUUGUGUGUGCGUCGUGCUGUUUAUUAUGAUCCCGUGACAGGGAAGGAAGAUCCUUCAAAGAACGGUGUUUGUAGUAAUUAUUUGUGUGACUCAAAACCGGGAGACAAAAUUAAGAUCGCAGGCCCCUCAGGGAAGAUAAUGCUUUUGCCGGAGGACGAUCCAAAUGCUACCCAUAUAAUGAUUGCCACCGGCACUGGUGUUGCUCCAUAUAGAGGCUAUCUUCGUCGAAUGUUCAUGGAAUCAGUCCCAACAUUCAAGUUUGGUGGACUAGCAUGGCUCUUCCUCGGUGUUGCAAAUGCCGAUAGUCUUCUCUACGACGACGAGUUCACCAAAUACCUUAAGGAUUACCCGGACAACUUCCGGUACAACCGAGCACUUAGCAGAGAGGAAAAGAACAAGAACGGCGGCAAAAUGUAUGUGCAAGAUAAGAUUGAGGAAUACAGCGAUGAAAUCUUCAAACUCUUGGAUAAUGGAGCACACAUCUAUUUCUGUGGUCUGAGAGGAAUGAUGCCUGGGAUCCAAGAAACACUGAAAAGGGUUGCUGAGAAGAGAGGAGAAAGUUGGGAAGAAAAGCUUUCACAACUCAAGAAGAACAAACAAUGGCAUGUUGAAGUUUACUGA